CAGGCGCGUUGCUGCAGGCGCGCGCACCCGCCUGCUGUCACAGCCGACACUACGCCGGCACAUCGACCCCGAGGCACACGCGCGCCCAUCGCUCUUCUCAAGCAACGCCGGCCCCUAGCGGCCAGAAGCCCUCCUCGGCGCUUCUACCACCCUAGUACUCAACACUCCAUCUCACGGGGCAAAGCGCCACGGCCGGCGUUCGCAAACAGGGCUCGCCGCAUAAAAGAAAUGGAAAUCGUGCCCGAGGGGAAAAACUUUCGAUUGGUAACAGAAGACGAGCUCCCAGCAGUGGCCGAUAUAUUAGUGCAGUAUAUGCCUGAAUCUCUAAAGUUUCACCAGACGAUUCAAACAUAUCUAAACAACAAGGUGUGGGACUUCCAUUUUUAUGUAGCGAAGAAUUGGCCGGAAGACCCGAUCUGUCUACACUUCCCGGGCUGCACGAGUACGCCGAACAGCCACCCGUACGAAAGCGUGACGGUGUUCGUUCCGUCCGAGCGCGCUGAGCUGGUGGACCUCCUGACCUCGGAGGACGUCCUGCUGGACCUCACCCAGCCAUUGUACCUGAAUUUCACCCACGAGGCCAUAGUGAACCGCUUCGAGCACCGCUAUGAGGCCCAUGAUAAGAUCACCGGUGAUGUCUACGUCUGUGAUAACCCGCCAGAGGACGCUGAUACGGACGGGCUGCCACCGGACGUGGAGUUAGUUCGCCUGCAGCCUGAGCACAUGAAGGCCGUGCACGACCUGUACCCGGCGAGUGACAUCGAGUGCCGCGAGGUGUUCGAGAAGCUGGUCGCCGAGCUGCCCGCCUACGGCAUCUUCGUCGAGGGCCACCUCGCCGCCUGGAUGGUGCAGUCCUACUACGGCGCCAUGUUCUCCAUGCAAACCCGCCCCGAGUUCCGCAGGAAAGGCUACGGCAUCUACCUCGCCCGACGCCUCACCAAGGAAGUCGCCGCUCGCGGGUACAAGCCCUUCGUAGUCAUUCGACCCGAAAACGACGCCUCCCGUUCCCUCUACUCCAAGCUUGGCUUCGAGAGGAAGUUCCGAACGGUGCGCGCCGUUUUGCGUCCUCGCUAGCGCGUAAACGUUGAUCACUAGCAGAUUUUAUUUUUUUAAGACUUUUGAAAUCAAUCUAGCUUGCGAUCUUUGAUCGCUUAGAGAAUUUUAGUAGGUAGCUUUAAGGUUGUAGCGACUGGCGCUCUCUGUCUGCGGCGACUUCGAUCAGACCGUGAUAUUCUAAUGUUCAAUUUUUACUAAUAGAGCUUUUAGCAAACUUUCAUAAAUCUAGAUUGUGUCUUCUGGUCAUAAACGGCGACAACGAACAGUAAAUACCUUAUUAAAUUUCUCUUUUUCGUAUAGCUACGCGUGUUUUCCUCCGCUUAGUGGCAGGUCUGAGAGCUCCAGCCGUUCGCGCUAGCCUAGUCACAGAUCUCAACGAUUCUAACUUGGUCUGGAAUCACUCGGAACCUAGAUUAAUAUGGAUCAUUAAAUAUUAAAUACGUAAUAAAAAGAUCGAUGGCGUGUCAACUACUGCGACGUUCUAGUAUAGUGCUUGCGGUUUGGGUUGGGUACUGCUCUCAGCACUACUCUACUGUACGAAUGAUGAUACAAUGGUAUAACGCUUUAGAGCUAGAAUAGAAUAAAUACUGGCGUACCCCGGUCAUCACUUAAAAUAUCUCUCACCUCCGCAGUUCCACAAGCACGACCUGACUUGUCUUGAUAACCUUGUUGAAGAUCAAUACGUAGAGAGAAAUGGUGCCAACUUGUAAUUGUGUUAACCCCUAUUUUGUAACGAGUAGAUCCGUCACCAAGCUCCGCACCUACGUAAGGUUCUGCUGCUUCUCGACACAGUUAGCCAUCAUUUAGGCGAACGCUUUGACAUUACCACUCGUUGACCGAGCGGAAACUAUUCUGUCUCAUGGUUUAUGAAAUUGUGGGACCCGUAAUGACCUGUGUGAUAAAACGUUAGCGUAUUAAAGGAAAAGAUAAACAUGAGAAAGAAGUGUUCCCGUGACUGCACCCCAGUUUGCACAAUUCGACAAGUAAAUUUUCAAGCACUAUUAUAUUAACUGAACAAAUUAUUGAACAAAAAAAUAUAUGAAUCGAUUUUACAAAAGGCAGAUACAUUCUGCAGGUACCUAUACGGUAUUUUACUUUCUAGUCUUUUAAUUGUGGAGUUUUUGAAAGUAAUGGGAUGAGGAGACCAUUUAUUCAUUUCUAUUAGGUACUUAAUAGAUAAACAAAAUGAACUACCUAUUUUGUAAACUGGAAGCUAACUUCACCACAAUGCGAAAAAAGUGAAAGUUAGUUUCAAGUUCGUGCAUUUAGCUUUUUUGGGAACCCUGUUUUUAUAUACCUAUAACAAAAUACAUUGUUGGGAAAAUUAAAAAUCAUUUAAAAUUUGAUACGAAAAGUAGAUAGGUAGGUAUUUUAAUACUGGAAUGUAUUUUACAACUGCAUAAUAUUUAAAUAUUUAAGUAUAUUGGACGUUUGCUAUACAUUUAUCCAAAGAAGCUUAGGUAUUUAAGUUAAUCAAUUUUGAAUUAUGAUUAUAUUGGAGUGUGAUACUUUUUAUAAUUUAACUUAUAUACUUUAUAUUGUAUGUAAUUAGAUAGAUCUUCGUUUUGCCCAAUUUGAAUUGUCUUCCCGAAGACUGAAGACUAGGUAACAACUAGAGAAGGAAAGGGGUCCGAAGUAGGUUACAUUCCUUUUUAAAAUGGCUGUUAAAAGAUUUCGUUGUUACAAUAUAAUUUUGGUGACGUCACUUUUUAUUAUUAUUUUUAAGUAAUAUUUAAUUAUGGAAAGAAAUAUAAUUGGUGUUGUAGUGGGUCGAUCUUGCUCAAAAUGGAGCUUCCACCUAUUGUUGUUGAAUUUAUUCGGUCGAAAAUAUUGCCAAUUGUACUUUAUUGGUGACGUCGAAAAUGUACCUAUUUCAGAAAGAAUUAAUAAGAAGUUAGCAAAAAUCUUACUUAACUCCUAAGAUAACGAUCGUUUUGAAUCUUCUUCUUAAUAUUAAUUUAUCAUCUUUGAAAUAUUCCAGAAUUUUGGUUGUAAGUUUAUCUCGGACCAUUUUUAAAGGCCUGAUGUCUUUGAUCGCUUUUCCGCAAAAAAUGUGUGAUAUUAUAAUCAGAGUAUUUUAUAAAUAUGAGUUGAAAACGCAAGUAAACUACUUAUAAUCUAUAAUCACGUACGUUUUUGGCGGAACAAUGUGGAAAAACUAAUAGGUAUGAAAAGUAAAUUUAGAAACCUAGAUACUUAAAAUACAGAAAAUCGUUCUGCGGUGCGCCUGUGCAUUCCUAUAUUCAGGUAAUUUAGUACAAAACGUGGGAAAACCUACAACCAUUAGUCUGAAUUCUCUCAUCAUGCAGUCAUGCUAAAGCUUUCCUACUUUAUUAGUGGGUAAAAACCUACAUUGCAUAAGUAGUUCAAAGAUUUCUUCGAAAUUAUUAAUUAUAAGGACGAUUUCCUACACAUCUUAUCUAACGAACAGGACUCAACCUCCGUCCUUCAUAUUGCAGUUGCCAUUAAAACGCUGAAUAUUUUGAAACUCCUGCAGAUUAAAUGAAAAUGUAGUGUCCAUUCUGUAUUGUUUAACAGUUUAUAACUUGUACCUUGCAAAGGUAUUGAAAACAAUAAAUAUAACAUGAA